AUGGGAGUGGAUCUGCCUCCAGAUCUCGGACAUGCAGAGCAGUCAUCUCUGUGCAACAACCAAAGAGGAAAGCCACAGACGUCACUGCACUGCCCAGGAGAGCAGCCAUUUUCUGUCUUCAUUGUUCAACUCCUGAGGUCAGACGCGGAAGGAGUCACAGACACUGGCCCAUGGCUGUGCCAGCCAGCACUGAGGUGUGGGGACCAGCCCUACAACCCCUUGGAGCAGUGCUGUCACAAUGACACCAUCCUGCCCCUGAAUGCGACCCAGCUGUGUGUCCCCAACUGCAUCUUCUAUCCCUGCUUCCAGCACUGCUGCCUGGAGUCCCUGGGCACUCAGAACCAGGCAGUUGUGACAUUCAAGGUCCCAGGCAUGAAGCCUGACUGCAGGUCCUCCCCCGUCUCCAGGAUUUGUGCCCAGGAACACCACCCGACCAGCCCUCAGCCAGAUCUGACUUCAUCUGGACCAUCCUGGGGAGUGGAAUCUGGUAUCUAG